AUGCACGUCAAACAUUGCCUCAAGCUCUUCGCCAUCAUUCUUGUUUCCUCUCUCGCUCUUCUCCUUCUCCUUCUUCAACAAUUUAUCAUUUACGGCAAAAUUCAACUCUAUCAUUCUCUCAAACAAGUGUUCAUUCAUUCCGAUUCAACUCCAAGUACUUCUUCUUCUACUCAGAAUGAACAACUCGUCGUUGUAGCGAGUGGAUUUACAUGGGCUGAAAAUUUGAUCAUUUCCGAUCGGAAUGGAAUUGCCUUUAUGAGUGAUGCUUUUGGAGAUCGGUUAUGGAAAAUAUUCUACAAUGAAAGUAGUGCCAAAUUUGAGCAGCAUGUAUUUCUUGAUGUUGAAACGAGUCCAUUUAGUAAUUAUUUGGGAGUGGCUUUGCAUGAAAAUCAUGAGAAUUCUAGUGUCGAAAAUUAUUCUGCGCAUGUGCCAUUUCCUGAUGGCAGUCAAUUGUAUGUGGUUGUGAGAAAUCAUCAAGAUGGAGAAUCGUAUGUCAUUUCCAUGAAUCCAAAUAUUCCAUUCCAGUAUGACAUUGUUACACGUUUACCAAAAAUUGGAAAUGGUUUGGCGCUUCACAAAAAAACUCGUCAACUUUAUGUGACCACUGAAGGAGGGUUUCUUCCGUAUGGCGGACAGGUGUAUCAAGUGAAUCCUCAGACUCGAUCCUAUUCGACCAUUCUCACUGAUUUGUAUGCAGCAGAUGGUGCUUAUAUUGAUCAAGAACGAAAUUGGUUGUAUGUGUCUCAAGUGAUUGGUUCAAAAGUGUUGGUCAUUGAUUUGGAUAAAUUGUCAAGUGGCCUUAAUCCUAAGGUCAAGCGAGAAGAUCUUGUCAUUCGAGAAUUUUAUGCUCCCUGUGAAGCGUUGGAUGAUUUUACACUUUCCCAUGAUGGAAAAAUCAUGUAUGGUGCAGAUUUCUUGGGAGGAAGAGUCAUGAAAUUUUCAGCAUGGGAUGGAUCGAAUUCGAGUGUGGUCAUGAGUGAUUUGAUUUUUCCAACUUCGGUUCGAUUGGGACCAAGAAAUUUGAGACCUAUGAAAGGAGAACAAGCAACAAGUUCUCUCUUUGUCACGGAAGGUGGAGGACUAUUUCCAAGUAUUGUGAAAAAUAGAAAAUUAUUGGAAAUUUUAAAGUAUUAA